ACUCUUCUGAUGCUUUAAAGCACAUAUUACAUAGUGAAAAGGUCAACAAGACUCUCAGUGAAUGCCUGCAGUUAACAGCACAGGGAUGUCAAGGUGAUGAAGUACGUGCCAUGUUGGAAGAUCUCGCACUGAGCAUUCCUGGGGUUAAAAAGCUUGCAAAAUAUUGGAUCUGCUGUAUGCAUCUUGAACAGAGGGGCUCUCUUGAAAAGCUUAUUGCUGUCUAUGAGGAGGCCAUUUUGGCAGGAGCAAUGCCUAAAGAGGAACUACGACACACACUAAUAGAUACUAUGAAAAAUAAUGAAAGCCUUUUUAAGUCUGAGAAUGGGAGAACUAUGAUAGAAGCUCAUUUAAGUGAGUUAGUGGAAGUCAGCAAGGAACCAAAUUCAUCUGUAGAGCCAGUUCAGGAAACCUUCAAGGAUUUCUGCUCUGAUGAUGUCCAAAAAGCAGAGAGUGAUAACAAGAAGGCAGAGGCAAGCAGUGAAGCUGUCCAGAAAGAAGAAACUGAUUUAGAUUUAAAACCAAGGGAACAGAUCUUGCCAAAAAAGAAUAAAAAGCACAAGGGUAAAGAACGUUCAAAAAAGAAAGCAAAAUGCGAAACAGAACAGCGUGAGGAUGGGAUAAAAGAUAAGGCCCAAGCAGUUAAUUCUCCUGAGAAGGGGAAUGACACAUCUUGUUCAAUGAAAAACGAUCCUCCUACCACUCCAUACUUGGAAAGCGUGAAGAUGUCUCAUGAGGCAAAUUACUGCAGUGCUAAAGAUCUGAAAAUUGUAACCCCCUUGCGAUAUUCUCAACGCAUUCGGGAGAAAAUGUGCAAGCUGUCUGAUACUGGCAAAGAUCAAGAUCCAUGUGUCUCUUCACUUGAACAGCUGGGAGAAUUGGAAUCUGAAGCCACUGUAUUUAUCCACAAAGAGAGCAAUGCCUUCCAAGAAACAAAUGCUGAAAUAGAAGAGUAAAAAGUAGUGUUACUGCUAUUCAGGGGUCAAAGAUUUGAUUUUAAGGAGAGUUGAGUGGGACUUGGUUUUAGCAGCUUUGAGAAAGGAGCUAUUUACGACUGGAUGGCUUAAGGUGAAAUUUGACUGCCUGAGUCACUAAAUAAACUCUUAAAGUUUCUGCCAUUUCAAAAUUGUAAUAAA